UGGUGGUAGAAAGGGCUGUAGAGGGCGGUGACUCCAGAGACAGCUCGGUUCCCUUGGAUAAGCCAGAGACUUGGGAGCUUUUGUGCACCCUGAGUCUCCAGGAUGAGGCCUGCGCUUGCCUUGUGCCUCCUCUGUCCUGCUUUCUGGCCCGGGCCAGGGAGUGGCGAGCACCCCACGGCAGAUCGCGCUGCCUGUUCGGCCUCGGGGGCUUGCUACAGCCUGCACCACGCGACCAUCAAGCGGCGGGCAGCCCAGGAGGCCUGCAGCCUGCGCGGUGGGAUUCUCAGCACCGUGCACUCAGGCUCGGAAUUGCGUGCAGUACUCACGCUCCUGCGUGCAGGUCCCGGGCCUGGCGGAGGCUCCAAGGACCUUCUGUUCUGGGUGGCUCUAGAGCGCGGCCGUUCCCAAUGUACCCUAGAUAAAGAGCCUUUAAGGGGUUUUUCCUGGCUGCCCCCGGACGCAGGAGACUCGGAGGACAACACGCUGCCGUGGGUAGAGGAACCACAACUUUCCUGCACCGUGCGAAAGUGCGCGGGGCUCCAGGUCACCGGGGGAGUGGAGCCUGCAGGCUGGAAGGAGAUGAGCUGUCAACUGCGCGCUGAUGGCUACUUGUGCAAGUAUCAGUUUGAGGCCCUGUGCCCCGCGCCGCGCCCCGGAGCCGCCACUAACUUAAGUUUCCGUGCUCCCUUUCGGCUGAGCAGCUCGGCUCUGGACUUCAGCCCUCCUGGGACCGAGGUGAGUGUGAUAUGUCCCGGGGGGGACCUCUCCGUCUCGGCCACCUGCAUCCAGGAAGAGACAGGUGCUCGCUGGGACGGGCUUUUCCCCGGGGCUGUGCUCUGUCCCUGCUCUGGGAGGUACCUUCGUGAUGGCAAGUGCGUGGAGCUCCCUGACUGCCUAGACCACUUGGGAGGCUUCGCCUGCGAAUGUGCUGCAGGCUUUGAGCUGGGGAAGGACAGACGAUCUUGUGAGGCGAAAGGGGAAGGACAGGCAACAGUUGCGGGGACCAAGCUGCCCACCAGGCACGCAUCAGCCACUCCUGCCAACCCACUGACAAACAGAACAUGGCCAGGCAAGGUCCAUGAGAAGCUAGGAGAGACGCCCCAGGUCACUGGACAAGACAGUUUUGCGACAUCUAGUUCCGAGAUUCUUCAGUGGGGAACACAGAGUACUUUACCUACUGUUCAUAUGUCCCCACAAACCAAGCCAAAAGUCACCAUCAGGCCGUCAGGAAGUGUGAUCCCCACAAUGAACUACGCAACUUCCCCCUCUGUUGCCCCGACUUUUGACUCCUCCUCCACGGUGGUCUUCAUCCUUGUGAGCAUAGCAGUAAUCGUGUUGGUGAUCUUGACCAUGACAGUGCUGGGACUUUUCAAACUCUGCUUCCACAAGAACCCUUCCUCCAGGACAAGGAAAGAAGCUUUGGACUCACGGGGUGUGGAAAGAAAUGCUGAGGCCACUGCUUUGAGCCCCAGUUCUGCACAUUGCACUGACAAUGGGGUGAAGGCUGGGGACUGUGGUCUGCGAGACCGAGCUGAGGGUGCCUCCCUGGCUGGGUCCUCACUUGGCUCAGGGGACACCUAGGGGAAGAACCCAAUGGACAUGUCUUGUGUAGACUUUCAGUUCCAAUAAACUGGGAGAGAAGAGAUUUCUGUCAUGAUGGUUCCUACAGAAGUUCUCCUUCCCAUAAAUGAAUUCUCUUUACUCCACCAGGUUGCUGAAUCUGCAAAGCACAUUCAUUCCCUGAAAGUGGAAGAGGUGGUGGUGGGCCUUAGGCUGGUACUGGAGGGCAGACUGGAAAAUGGAAGAAGGCAUUUUCCUGGGUUCUGGGGAAAUUUGGAGAAAUGCUUAGUUCAAGUAUUGAAAGCACAGAAAAAACAAAAA